AUGUCUAGAAUUACACAGGAAUUAUUAAGGAAAAGAGCAGAGCAUAAUGAGAUGAUGUUAACAAAUCUAGAAGAGAUAUCGAUUCAUCAGGAGGAAAUAGUGAAGAUUGAGAAUUUGGAUGUGUACUGUAGACACUUGAAAAUAUUAUUGUUACAAAACAAUAUAAUCGAGAAGAUUGAAAACCUAAAUAAAUUGAGAGAAUUGGAAUAUCUAAAUUUAGCAUUAAACAAUAUCAAACUUAUAGAAGGCAUUGAGAAUUGCGAAUCUUUAAUGAAACUGGACUUGACAGUCAAUUUUGUGGAUCUCUAAAAUUUAGAAAAAUCUAUCUAGUGUCUGCAGAAAUGCAGAUUAAAAGAAUUAUACUUAACAGGGAAUCCUUGCACUGAGUAAAUACUUAAAAUAAUAUAUAUAGUUGGAAGGGGUAUAGAGACUAUGUGAUUGGAUAAGUAGAUUCGCUUCAUUCCUUGGAUGGCAAAGAAAUAACACAUACGGAGAGGAUAAAGGCGAAAUAACUAUUGCCCUAAUUGCAAAAGGAAUUAAUAUACGCAAUUGAAGAAGAGAAGAUUAAAGAAGAGUAGAGAAUGCAUGAGGAGAAGAUCAGAAAAGAAAUGAAUCCUGACAGUGAAGAUAAGGUAGCAUAUACUCCAGAAACACGCAAGGAGAUGUGUUUGAGAUAAGCAAAAGAAAAGUAAUUAAGUUCAAUUACAGAGUUAGAGAGGACAAAGAAAGAUAAAGAAAUCCAGAUAAGUUUAAAGUAAAAUAAGAAACCCCAUUGUAUAUGAAUGAUGGAAGAAUAAGACAAUGCGACGAGGGAGGUUAUAAGCCUAUUGUAAAUAACUGGGAAGAUCCAGAGAAUGUCACAUUUAAGAUGAACAUUCCUAAAUAUCUGGACACUUCAUUGAUUUAAGUAAACGUGAAUCCAACCUAUGUGUCUGUAAGAGUGAAGGGCAAGCUCACAUAGAUUAGAUUGGAUGAGGAAGUGUUUGCUGAAAAGUCUAAGAUUUAAAGAUCAGAAAUUACAGGAGAGUUGGUUAUUACUAUGCCGAAAGUGAGUCCUAAUGAAAUAUUGAAAUAAAUAGCUGAAAGAAAGAAAAAGGAGGAGUAGUAAAAACAAUAAGAGUAGAUAAAACAAUAAGAGAUGAAGUAGAAAUAAGAGAAAUAGAAUUUAGAUAUGUUAAUAUAAAAAGCGUAAGCAAAAUUAACAUAACAAAUUGAUGAUGAUAUACCUGAUUUAGAAUGA